AUGUUAGCUCUUCUUUAUUCGGCAUUGCUUGUGAGCAGUGCUGCAGCCAACACCAUCCUCCCAUUCGGCACUAGUACUCCGCCAUCCUUUCUUCAAUACUACGGUGGCUUCACGAAACCCGCAGCCAAGAUGAUGGAAGAUAAAAAUGUCAUGAUUCAUUGGAAUACCCGGGACAUGAUCAAAGAGUAUCAUAAAACUUCGCGUGGUUCAACCCACUACAUCUACCUCGCAUAUAUAACCUCCGAUCUCACCACGGAAUGGUACGGUAAAACCGUGGGACCCCCAGAAGAGCAGCGGAAAGAUUCCGAGGGCCGUCAGGGGGAUAGGAACGAUGAUGUGUCUUAUAUCACCGCAGAUCGGCUGGCAUUUAAUGGCCCGUGGUCUUGGAAACAUAUUCGAGGGUGGUACCAAGUUGAAUUCGGCAAAGCCCACACAUGGCAUAGGAACGGGCUUUAUGACGGGCCAGAUUUUUCAGACAAGCAUCCUGAGCAGCUUUACUAA